UAUGGAGCGCUUAGUCUCCCACCCAUCCACAGUCCCACCAGCGCACAGUCGACACCAGUAGGUACCUAUCAUCUCGGAAGGUGCCGCAGAGAAGCUCGAGGACCAGAUCAUCGCACUUGUAACAGCAGUCUUGUAUAGCAGGAUGGCCAACUCCACGCGUAUCUUCUACAGUAUGGUUUUCAUCAUUGGGCUGCUCUCCUCUCCGGUGGAUUCAAAAAGAAACAGAGGUUCACAAGGCGCCAUUCCUCAUCCUGACAAAAGCAACCCAAACGAAUCGGAGCAGCAACCGCAGACUCCGCAGGCGGGCUCGGGCUCUCGCCAGAGGCCGGGCUCAUCCUCACCGGCCGACGAAGUGCUGGAGUCCAGCCAGGAAGCUCUACAUGUGACGGAGCGCCAGUAUUUGAAACGGGACUGGUGCAAAACACAACCUCUCAAACAGACCAUCCACGAGGAGGGCUGCGUCAGCCGCACCAUCAUCAACCGCUUCUGUUACGGACAGUGCAACUCCUUCUACAUCCCCAGGCACAUCCGGAGGGAGGAGGGCGCCUUCCAGUCCUGUUCGUUUUGUAAACCGAAGCGUUUUACCACCAUGACUUUCACAUUGAACUGUCCGGACCAGCAGCCGCCCACCAAGAAGAAGCGCAUCCAGCGCGUCAAACAGUGUCGCUGCAUAUCCAUAGACCUGGACUAAAACACAGCGAUGAUGAUGUGUGUGUUUCAUGUCUUCUCCUUUUUAUUCUCCUUCUUCUUCUUAGUGGACUUGAUAGCUGUCUCACAGCCAAGAAAUUGUGCUUGUCUCCAUCUGGAGAUAAGCACCGCACACGCUGAUACUUUUCUCCUGUACAGCACGUGAGUCAAUAUGGACAUGCAACUUAAAACAAAAUAAAAAAACGUCAAAAGCAACUUGUUACACAUCACCAGACUAAAAAAAAGAAGAUCACUGCACGGAAACUCUGACUUGGAAUGGGCAUGCUUUACGCACGGCUUCCUCGCCCCCACAGGACUGCAGAACACCGGUUUUAUUUAACUGCUCCAAAACAGUCGUUGUGACUGUUAAACGUCUCCGUCCAUCCUGCAUUUUACGCAUAUGUGUUUGCUAAACUGGAUGUUUCCACUGUGUGGAAUUUGAUAAGCGAACGACUUUAUUUGUAA